UUCAGCGAGCAUGCUCAGUCCCGGCUGACUGCUAGAAAGAGGAAGCUAGUUUACAUAGGAGUCAUACCAAGCAUAGCCUGCAUGUCAGCGCAGUUAACUUGCAGCGAGCUAUGAGGAGAAUUAGCAUGUCUUUGUCCUAGGAAGCCUCGGCUCUUCCAGGCCUUACCCUCCCCCAGCGCAAUUUUAGUGGCGACGGUGGGCAUAACCUACUCUCCGCUUUCUGCCUCCAGAUCUGAAGCUCCCGAAAGGGGAUUUUUUUCCUCCUGCCCGCCUCUUUUUCCCCCGCUCCAUUUUAAUAUACUUUUGUUUUGAUUAAUUGGAGGCUGGGCCUUGAGCUGGUGGAACUUGGGAAAGAGCCUGGAGCAUUUGCCUGUGUUCUUGCUGCUGUUGCGGGGCGAAAGCAAGCAAGCUGGUCUUCUUUGCUAGCCCGCUAAAUGCUAUUUAUGAAGAUGGACCUGUUGAACUACCAGUACUUGGACAAGAUGAACAACAAUAUCGGCAUUCUCCGCCAAUAUGAAGGUGAAGCUGCACUAAGAGGAGAACCCAGGAUGCAGUCUCUCCCCGUAUCUGCUGCUGUAACCAACCAUAGGACAGGGCCACCACCAAUCAGUCCUUGCAAGAGGAGGUUCAGUGUGGACCAAGGAGAUGAUGAUCUAGACUGUGAAAAGGAACAUGUAUCUAAAAUGAGUCGAUUAUUCAGUCCUCAUCUGCGUAGAACUGUGAUUGGCCUGAAGAAGAAGCUGAGAGAAUUCCUUUCAUUCCUUACUAGAGGAAGUGAUUGGAGUAUUUCAGCCAAGCCAACUUGAUCACUCUGCUUUUCUGGCUGUCCCAGCCCAACCAGCACUCCACAUUCCUUACAUUCCACCCAGCUUGGGGUUGUUGUGUUCCCUUGUAAGAUGUAGACCGAGUAUUUCUCCUCAGAUAAAUCACAGGAGUGUUAGUCAGAGGCCUGCAGACUGCAGGCUCGGAAUGUGUGACUGAUAAAAGCUUCAGCAUUUGAAAGAAUGCAAACUCACAAAGAGUGAAAAGUGUCCCCUUUCCCCUGUUUUGUAUACUUCCAGCUAACGGCUUAAAAUUGUUACUUAGAGUAAGAUUUGUGAUCCUUGGGAGAAAAGAAAAAAAUAACGUUUCUUUCAAUUUUGCAUAGGAAAAUUUAGAUACAUUUGCAUUGUGAUAGAA